UGGAACUGCAAUCAUGAGCAUGGUGCAUCAUCCGUCGCAGCUGCCAGUGCUGGUCGCGUCCAACCAUUUGCCAGUGCUGCUCGAGCGAAGAGAAGAUGGCAAGUACGCGGCAACGUGGCGCGGGGACCGCCUGCUGGCAUCCACCAUGGCGUUUUCGCAUCGCGAUCUGUUUCGACCGAGUCGGCGAAAAGUUCGAUUCCUCGGUCGGGUCGAGCUGGAGGUGUCACUCCAAGACCAACCUGCUGUGAACGAGGCUUGUGCCGCGAUCAGCUGCAUCCCAGUCUUUCCCAGCGCAGAGACAGAUGUCGCAACGUACGACGCAUUUUGCAGUGGACCGUUGCGCGCUGUGUUUCACAACAUGGUGCAUCCAUCGACAUUGAACCCCCCUUCCCAUGUCCAGGAGAAUGCGGAUCCGUGGCCGGCGUUCCUAGCCAUGAACAAAGACUUUGCCGUCGCCAUCUCCAAGGCAUAUGCAACAGGGGACAUUCUGUGGCUGCAGGACUUUGACUUGGUGAUGGUCCCGCACUUCCUCGCUCGACUCGUCCGUCCCAUGACGGUCCCAUCCACCGUCGGACUCUUCAUCCACGUACCGUUUCCCUCCAAGUCGGUUUUGUCGACGCUUUCUCAUGACCGCGACAUCCUUCGAAGCAUGCUCACGGUGCACCACGUCGGGUUUCACAUUUACGAACACGCUCGACAUUUUUUGGACGCAUGCGAAGCGCUGAUCCGUACGCCGCCACCAAGCAUGAUACAAGGCCAACUGGUGGUGCACCACAAUGGCAAACAAGUCCACAUAACGUGUGCCCAGUUGACGGUGGAUGCCGCGAGGGUGGAGAGAGACCUGGCGUCCAACGAUAGCGUCCGCGACGAGAUCAUUCGAUGGCGCCAACUGCAUAAACUGAUCUUUGCCGCCGUGGACGUCGUGGACGAGUUGCAUGGGAUUCCGCACAAAGUCGUCGCCUUCCACCAAUUUCUGAAGAAACGCCCGGAAUAUGCAUCUCGUGUGCUCCUUGUGCAAGUGGGUGUGGUGACAUCCACCCUUGGAUCUACACAGCAUGCUCAGGAAGUCCGCCGCCUCGUCGACGACAUCAAUGCGCAGUACCCCACCCCCGUGAUCGUGUUUGACGUGAGAAACGAUCGCAUGCCGACGGUCGACCGCAUUGCGCUGUGGCGCGUGGCCGAGGUGUUUGUGUCGACCGUGUUCGCGGAAGGGUUGAACACGUGUCCGUUCGAGUACCUCGUCACCCAUCGCAAUGCCACGGGUCUGGCGAUCCUCAGCCAAUUCGCCGUCGCGCGCCGCAUCCUCCACGGCGCGACCAUCGUCAACCCGUGGAACAUUCACUCGAUUGCGACCGCCAUGGAGGCUACAGUGCACAUGUCGUUGAAGGAGAAGGAAUUCCGCCGCGACUGCGACGUCCUCUCCAUCGCUUCCCACACACCGACCCGAUGGGCUGCCACGAUCCUCUCCGACAUCGCCGCCGCGGCGUCGGCACCCCCCAAGAAGCUGGACGUGCUCACCAAGCCGCUCACGGUCGAGCACCUGCUGGACCUGUACUACAAGAGCCGCGGUCGCCGCAUCUUCUUCUUUGACUACUACCGCACGUUGGCUCCGGACGUGUCGUCUGAUUUCGGGAUCGUCUGGCCGGACGUACCCGUGGACGUCCUGUCGAGCUUGGAGCAGCUGUGCCGGGACCCGCGCAACACGGUGUUUGUCGUGAGCGGGUGCAAUUGCGAGCUCUUGAGCGACAAAUUCGGGUCCGUCCCGGGACUGGGGCUCGUGGCAGAGCAUGGGUACUUUAUCCGAUGGGCGAUGCUCGGCCGCGCGGCGCGCAUCAACAAACCGUGGGAACUGUACGGCGACGUGUUUCGCGUGAAUGCGUCGUGUGGCAAAUGGCGUGAAAAGGCUGAAGCCAUCAUGUUGAUGUACGUCGAUCGCACCAACGGCGCCGCCUUGGAAAUGCGCCGCAGCUCCAUCUUGUUCCGAUAUGCCAGUGCCGACUACGGGUUUGGACUUUUGCAGGCGCGGGAGCUGUUGCAUCAGCUCACGGCUGCGUUCGACGGAUGGCCGCUGAGUGUGAUCCAAGGCAAAGAUUACAUUGAAGUGCGCCCGGAAGGCCUCGGGAAGGGCAAAAUUGUCAAGCAAAUUCUACACAAACUCCAUAUGGAUUCGAUAAAAAGUGACGAGCACCCGGCGUCGUCGUCGCACCACGGGGCCAUCGACUUUGUGUGGACCAUGGGCGACGACGUUGCUGACGAACUCAUGUUUGACGCGGCUCACGACUGCGGCCACGCUUUUAACAUUGCUCAUGUGCUGACAUGCACCGUGGGCCACAAGUCAUCGCAAGCGCAGUACUUUGUCUCAGAUCACGUCCAAGUCGUGAGUGUCCUCGCCAGUGUCCGCGCGGCUCUCACCAAGACGUCCAGGUAUCGGUCUGUGGGGGACAUGCAGUCCAUCCUGGCUAAACACGUGCUGCACCACGCGCCCCAUGUCACAUACAACACGUCGUCGCAGCUGGACCAGCCGAUAUCGUCUUGUCCCAUCUUGGCGCGCAAACCGUCUGCAAAAGCGUUGCGGCUACGAGGCUUGUAUAUUCAACCCCUCUUGCCUAUUUACUGUCUCUCGUUUGAGUACUUACCCAUGUGAAGCAUGCAUAAUCAUGUUUAACAUGCCAUAUUCCAUCGUUUUUGGUGUCCAGCUGUGCUACGUAUCACAGUAUAAACCUGGUGAUGUGUAGAGCCCCCGUCCUCGAAGAAGACCAAAGCGGGCGCAGUGUGGACACAUCGAUGCCGCCGCCUGUACCCGCGGCAGAUUCGCGCCUGAUCAAAUGGAUGGCGCUCCUGCUAGUGCUAAGUCUAUCCUCUCGUCACCUGCGGACGUGGUAUGCUGGUUCCAAGUGGAAAGUGACUGCCGCCGGCCUUGUGUUGCUGUCUGUGGUGGGCGGGUAUUGGUAUAGUGCUGCUGCGAAGCGUCGGUGGUGGAGAUCGUAACAAUAUAUAUAUUUCGGUAUAAACUUGCAAAA